AUGGUCACUAGAAAGUCUGGUGACCGCAACACGACUCCCAAACUACGUUCAGCUGACCUCACAUUGCUUUCAUUCAAAUGUGACAACUCGGAUAGUCACCUCGUUAGUUUACACGCAAUAAAAAUAGUGAAGUUUGUAGUGCCAGAGAUAAUUCAGUAUGGUGUUCAAGAUUCGGUAAUAUUAGACUGUGAUUACACGUACGGGAACAGGACUCCAGGUCUUGUGGUGAAGUGGUUCUUCAGAAGCAAAACGAGACCAGUGUAUCAGUGGAUAGUGUCACAAAAGCCACAGGACAUUGGCAUUUUGAGGGGUCGUUUGGACUUAAAUUAUAGAGCUUCAGAUGAUCCAUUAAAAAUGUAUAGAGCUCUUCGAAUAGUUAAAUUAGAUACGGACAUAUCUGGUGAAUAUAUUUGUGUAGUGUCAACGUUUUUAGAUGAAGAUGUUAAGAGUAAACACAUGACUGUCUUUGUGCCGGAGACGAGUUUCCGAUUAAUCCAGAACAAGACGGAUGACGACACGGUCAACGUCAUCUGUGCAGCGGACGGAGCCUUCCCUGCGCCAAACCUUACUAUAGCAACACCAGAAAAGUGA